AUGUCAUUGAUAAGACACAGCAAACUUGUGAGCCGACGGACAUUGUCCUGCGGUGUGAACAGCUGCAACGAAUGUCUACUAGACAGGCGCCAGCAUCUUUCGUCACCUUUCCAGAGGCGCCAAGUUCGUGAGCUGGGAUUCCUCGGCGCUGUUGCUAGGACUAUUCUGACCAGAGCAGCAGUUGUCGUGGGAGGGCUUGGAGCAACCGGAUAUGCGAUUGACAAGAAAGUUCGAACAUGGGAAGACGAGUACUUCGGCCCAGUUGUUGAAGGAUUAGAUGCAAUCAAAGGCGUAGCAAGGCCAGGUGCAGAUUUGCUCAGAGAGUUCAAAAACGACUUCUUUUCAAAAUUCAAUGUGGAGAAAGAAUUCAAAGACUUUGAAACCAUCGUCGAGGAAAAUAAGAAACAAGAAAAUUCUAGCAAUGAUGAUGACCCGCUUCCAGACGGAAAAUUACCAGCUACAGUCGCUGCGGCGAUUUUUCUUUCGGGGAAAGAAGAUGAAAGUGACGCAAAGAAAGAUUUCGAGGGAAAAGAUUUGGCGAGUAUGGCGCUCGAAUUGGAAGAGCUUCGAAAUGAACUUGCGAAUGCGUUACGCGAGCGGAGAAUCUACGAAGAAAGACUCGCGAAAUCUGACAACGAUUUUGCGGAAGUUCAGAAGGAGAGACAAGAGCUGCUCAGUACUAUUAGACGAUUACAAGAUCUUGCUAGCCAGCAAGAAGUUCGCCACCACCGAAAAGUUGAAAAGCUCGAGUCCGAAUGUUCCGACCUUCAUCAACGGCUCGCCCUCGCCAAGAGCCAAAAGAAAACAAGCUCACAAGCACAUGCCCCGAAGAGCAUGGUCGAGCAAUUUGCCCCGUGUCAUCGUCGUCGGCGACCAGAGCAGCGGGAAGACGUCGGUGCUCGAAGCCGUCGCCAGAGCUCGUAUAUUCCCCGAGGUGGCGGCCAGAUGAUGACGCGCUCGCCAGUGAAGGUGACAAUCGCAGACGGGCCGCGUCAUAUCGCCAGCUUCCCAGAUGCACCAGAUAAAUACUAUCGCCUCGACGAUGAGGACCAUCUCAAACAGCUCCGAUCGGAGAUCGAGCAUCGUAUGGCUAGGGCCUGUCAUGGCGGACUCACAAUUUCAUCUGAAGUUGUUCCAAUUAAUGUUGAAGGACCUGGACUUAGACGAAUGGUGCUGGUAGAUUUGCCCGGCCUUAUCUGCACAGAAACCGCUGGAAUUCGCCCUGGAACUGCUCAAGAAAUUUUAAACUUGGCGCGCGAGCAAAUGGACUUUCCAAACGCAAUCAUACUGUGCGUCCAAGACGGCUCUGUAGACGCUGAAAGGUCACAAGUGACUAACUACGUCCGAGAGGCGGAUCCAACUGGCGAACGGACACUUCUAGUCCUUACCAAAGUAGACAAAGCGGUGGCCGAUCCAGUCAGGCUGAAACAGAUUUUGGAUGGGAAACUGUUCCCGCUCAGAGCGCUCGGCUACUUCGCUGUGCGCUCGCCCUUGCUCAAUUCUGGGAUUCUCCAGCCGGACCAGCUCGGCACCAAUAACCUGUGCGAUGCGGUUUCGAAGCUCUUUUGGCGCAUUGUAAAGAAUAGCCUCAGCGGGGAGCUUCAGAAGCUCAAAGAGCAGCUUUUUAUCCUUGAAUCUGAAUGGAAGGCUCAGUACCGGCACAGGAGAGAGUUGGAUAGAGACCAAACUUUUGGGCGAGUCAAGGAAGAAUUGUUUGACCGGAUGGUUCUUUUGAAGAAUUUAGAUCCUGGGCAGUUUGAAAACGACUUGAAAGCUAAAUUAUGGGAUACAAUCGAAUCUCAUUUUCUCAACGAAGUAUAUCUCGCCGCUGAAGACAGCGCUAAGUCAAAAGAAGAGUUCAAAGCUAUCUCCGAUUUGAGACUGAGGAAAUUCUCCAACCAAGAGCUGCCAAAUCAGUCGCUGGCAGCAGUAAGAGAUUUACUGAUUGAGCGAUUUGCCGAACUUGUCCUACCUGAAUUGGGCGAAGAUGCGAAGGCGGAGCAUAAACCGCUCUAUCAGAAAGUAUCCGAUGAUGUCAAAAAAGGAUUUGAGCUUUAUUUCAACGAGAGUAGAGUUGCCAGAGCAUCAGAACUGCGGGUGAUCCAACAAUCGACAAUCGAGAACAGAUUCAUCAACUCAAAGAUCGAGUGGCAGUCUGCCGCUGAUCGACUGAAAAGAACACUUCAAGGCGACCACGAGAAGCGAUGGGCGCGCGUUUGGGAUAAUGCCGGGCCGGUUUGGUAUCAACAAUAUUGGAACUGGUCGGCGAGGACGAAGGAUCAGCACAAGUGGGAUAGGAUUAAGAGAGUGCUGCAGAUCUUGCCGAUGAGUACGCAAUCCAAAUUGACAAAGGAUCAACUAGCUCAAGCUCGAUUUGAUCUUCAAAAAUUCUUCUCAAUCGAAGCAACCGAAGCCGAAAUCGACGAUGUCUGGCGCGAUCUGUACCCGACCCGUUGGAUAGCAGCGCUGGAAAAGAACGCUACUCACUGCCGCGGAUCGUUUCAAAAGUACAAAGACGGUAAAAUCUCGUUUGAAUCAUCCCGGCUCCAGUGCGAAGAUCCAAAUGGAAAGAUCACGGCCUAUCUCGGAAAGCGAGAUUUCGUUGACCACAUCCACUGCAUCGACCCUAUCGACGGCAUCGUUCUGAUCGACGAGGAUUACCUGAAAUGUCCUGAAUUUUCUAGUGGCGCGAAAAAAGUGAUGGCGACGUUGACGUGCGCCUUUCGCUACGGUCGCGAGGAUCUCGACGUUUUGGGGCUGACGUUUCGGAAAGAGUUGCACACCGAUUUGCAACAGACCGUGCAUUUUCAACUAACUGCGCAAGUCUACCCGCCGACGAGAGAAAACGAAAGACGAUUGUGCACCAGGCUACAAGAGAGGCUGCUGAGAAAGCUGGGCAAAAAUGCAUAUCCAUUCUUCUUUGAAUUGCCACUCAAUUCUCCUUGCUCAGUUACAUUACAGCCUGCCCCAGGAGACACAGGAAAGCCAUGUGGUGUCGACUACGAACUCAAAGCUUGCAUCGUAUACGAAGGCGAGGAGCCCGCGCAAGCGAACAGGAAAAACUCCGUCCGCCUGGCAAUUCGGAAAGUUCAAUAUGCUCCCGAUCGACAAGCUCCUCAGCCGUGCAAGGAAAUCUCCACGAAGCCAGUUCUUUCAGAAAAACCUAUUAACUUAGAAGCUACAUUAGACAAGGAGCUCUAUUAUCAUGGCGAAACGAUGAACGUCAAUGUUCAGAUUACAAAUAAUAGCUCAAGAAGUGUAAAGAAGAUCAAAAUAUCAGUUAGACAAUUUGCUGAUAUCUGUAUAUACAGCUCUGCGCAGUACAAAUGCCCUGUUGCAAACUUAGAACACGAAGUUUGCGUUCCUCCAAGUUCUACUCUUUGCAAGGUUUUCCAAAUAACUCCAAAUCUGAGCGAAAAUAAAGAUAAACGAGGUCUCGCUCUUGAUGGACAGCUAAAACAUGAAGAUACCAAUCUUGCUUCUACGACACUUAUUAAAGACGGAAUUUCCCGAGAAACGCUUGGAAUCGUGGUGAGCUACAAAGUGAAAGUCAAACUCGUUCUCGGAGGAAUCGGCUCUGAUGUUUCGCUCUUCUUGCCAUUCUCGUUGAUGCACUCGAAGCCAGUCAAUGAUUCGGAUAAUCAGAGGAGGCAAGAUGCACAGGAUGCUCUUUCAAUUCGUCAAGAAAUCAACUCGACAUCUUCGCGGCAUAAUUCUUAUACUCAAGAACCAAAAGGAACAAGUGGUCAGCCAGUUCGUCCUCCGGAUGCGGAGUCAGUUCAUUUGAUCAAUUUCGACGAUCCUGUCGCUACAAAUAACCAACCUGGAUUCGAACCCAUGCCUGGCCAGGGAUGGGACUACGACGAUGAGCUACAAUUCAUGGAAUUCACGCGAUUGCGGCUCAAUGCGCAGAAUCCAGAAGGACAACAAAACGGAGGUCCGGCAAGCCAGAACUAG